AUGGCAGCCACCUCCUCCGCGGCGACACAUUCCAACGCCGCGGCAUCCUCCUCGUCCUCUUUGCCAUCCACCAAAGGCCCAUCAUCGUCGUCGUCGCCGUCGUCGUCGUCCAAGGCAGCACCCGCGCUCUCGGAACCCGUCACCCUCACCGCGCCCUACCUCGCCACGUUCAGACCCGCCAAAGUCUACUCCUACUCCCGCAAGCCAGACUCGCAGAUCACAUCGCUAUGCUACGACGACCGCGGUCAGCUCGUCCUCUCGUCGUCGAGCGAUGAGACGCUCCACAUCUACGACUGCAUCACGGGCAAGCACGUCCACGAGACCGUCAGCAACAAGUACGGCUGCCACCUCGCCAGGUUCACCCACCACUCGUCCUCGGUCAUCUACGCCAGCACAAAGCAGGACGAAACCAUCCGCUACCACUCGGUACACCACAACUCCUACCUCCAGUACUUUCGCGGCCACACCGGCAAGGUCGUCGGCCUCGAAAUGAGCCCCGUCGACGACACCUUCCUCUCGGCCGCCGUCGACGACUCGGUACGCCUCUGGGACCUCCGCUCGCCCACCAGCCAGGGCCACCUCAACCUCAAAGGCCACCCCGUCGUCGCUUACGACCUCACCGGAAAGGUCUUUGCCAUCGCACUCAACCAGCGCAGCGCCAUCCUCCUCUACGACACGCGCAAGUUUGACCAGGCCCCGUUCCUCACCAUCCACCUCGACGACACCCGCGCUCUGUCGCAGAUAUCGAUGCCGCCGCGGUACCCCAUCAUCACCUCGCUCGAGUUCAACAACGAGGGCGGUCACCUCCUCGUCGGCACCUCGGGCGACGUCCACUACGUCGUCGACUCGUUCUCCGGCGCCAUCCUGCAUCGCCUCGUCGGACACUCUGGCCUGGAAAACGCAUCGGGCGCCCCCAUCGGCAUGGUUCCAGAGGCCGGCAUCAGUGGUGCCGAAGUUUGCUGGACGUCGGACGGCAAGCUGGUCCUCGCCGGCUCGGCCAAUGGCCAGAUUGUCGUCUGGAAGAUCCCCGACGAGCCGCAACAACAACAGCAACAGGGGCAGCAGGGAUACCCGGCGGGUGGCGACAUACCCAACCUCAACCCCACCACCGUCAUCCCGGGCCACGAAGGCCCCGUCCGCUGUCUCGCCUUCAGCCCGAGGCUGGCUCAAUUGACCACCGGAUCGUCCCAACUCGUCCUCUGGCUUCCCGAGCCGCCGUCAGACAUCUGA